UUGUUGCCCAGCAACAGAUUUGUUUACACUCCCGCCAUGGAUGCAGACGACCUCGACGACUUGGAGUCUCCCGUCAAGAAAACCUUUAGCAGUCGUGCCCGGCGACUGAACAUAUUCGGAAACAACACCGCCGACGUACCCACCAACGCAUUUGCAUCCAAUGGGGGCGGUGAAGGCUCCAAAGCUCCUCCUAAGCCGAGAAGAAAUAGCGGAUGGGCGGCCGAUGAUAAUUCGUCGUCCGGGCUCUUUCGCUUCAGAAGGCCGUCUGCACGUCCCCAGAGCACCGUCCCGAUAGAAGUGCCAAAGUUGACCAGAAAUGAGACCGUUUUGGAAAGAGACGACUCCGACUCGGAGAUUCCCAGCAUACCCGACUUGGGAGAAUUCGAACGCGAAGACCUCGCUGCUCAAGUGGCUCAAGCUCCAAGUGUUCCCGUGAAUCGCGUCGACACCUUCCAGCAACUGGACAACGAGCUGCUGAAGCAGGCAGCGUUCACAACGCUUGAUGGAUGCGAUCUCAGACUGCUGGCAAAGUACUUGACUCCUGAAGAAUACCUCAAGGAGGUAAACCGGACACCGUGUGGACCUGGGACACACUAUUCACCGAAGUGGCUGCCGAGAUAAACAAGUUGAGCGACAACAGCCAGGAACCCGACGACAAGCAAAGCAUGCCGAUGUGAUCGCCUUUAUUCCCAUACUCUGUUUUAUGUGCAAUGUGUGGAGGUUUGCAAGACUUUUUGCAGUAGUUGUGUUCGCACCACAGUAGUUCAUUGUUUCCUUGCCAGCAAUUACGUGAAAUUGUUCUUUAUUUAGGAUCAAUAACAAUUUUUUUAAAAAAAGCUUUAAUUGCGAAAGAAAGUGAGGCGUGCAAACAAGGACACAGGAGAAUCAGAUGACACAAACACACACUGUUGUGCCCAUGUUUGUAUGCGUUACUCUUUCUUACCCCGAAUCCCUACUAACUAACUAAACUUUUUGUUGUUCAAAGCAUUAAUCUUUUAACUCUGAACAAACUGUGUUAUAGAGCUGUUAAUGCAUUGUUUCAAUUUAUUUUGGGCCAGCAUUAUAGCAAAGGGGCGAUCGAUGUGUAAGUGUUCCGUCGUCGCUUGACCUGUUUGAAAAAGAGAUCCGCUAUUUUACGUCACGCAUGGCUAAAAUUCUAACCUAAUAUUUUCUUUUUUUUCAUUCCUUCAUGUAUGUAUAUAUUCCUGGUUUCUUCAAUAAAACUUUCAGUUGGCAGUCAGCACCCGUCCUCGUGUCACCUUCCUUCGUCCUGCCUUUGCGCUGUUUUUUCAACUUUUGAGUUAUUUACCAACUAGACCUCCUUUCGCCAGUUCUCCAUUUCGAACACAUUUUAUUGGCUUCAAAGCUAAGCAAACACUUCCACAAUGGCUGCAAGGGGUACA